AUGGACUUUGACCCAAUGCAGAUGGAUACGGAGGCCUCUGGGCCCUCCGUCAAGAUCACCGAGGCUGGCGCCAAUCAUGUUGACUUCGAACUUGAAAACGUCGAUCUCGCCUUCGCCAACUCCCUGCGCCGAGUCAUCAUGGCUGAGGUCCCCACGAUGGCAAUCGAUACGGUGGAGAUAGAGGCGAACACAUCCGUACUGGCUGACGAGUUUCUGGCGCAUCGACUUGGUCUGGUUCCGCUAGUCUCGAAAAACAUUGAGGAUGUCAACUACACCCGAGACUGCGAAUGCGAGUCCUAUUGCGAGCUAUGCAGUGUCGUCCUUUCCCUCCAGGCACGAUGUACUAGCGAAGAAAUCAUGAAGGUCUAUGCGCGCGACUUGGUGGUUGAUCCAAAUCGAGCAAACCAAUAUGUGGGAAAUCCAGUUAUUACGGAUGAAGAUGGACUUGGCACGGUGAUUUGCAAGUUGCGCCAGGGCCAGGAGUUGCGUAUGAGAUGCAUUGCGAAGAAGGGCAUUGCGAAGGAACAUGCGAAAUGGGCCCCGGUUUCUGCUGUGGCAUUCGAGUACGACCCGAACAACAAGCUGAGACAUACCGACCUCUGGUACGAGGCGGAUCCGGCUGUUGAAUGGCCAAAGAGCAAGUAUGCCGACUGGGAGGAGCCUCAACAAGAAGGGGAGCCAUUCGACUACGAUGCCGUCCCCACCAAAUUCUACUUUGAGGUCGAGAGUGUAGGCAACUUGGAACCAGAUGCUAUCAUCCAGCAAGGCAUAAAAGUUAUGCAACAAAAGUUGGCGUCGGUCAUUCAAGAUCUUACCGAAGGCGACGAGGAUGCCAAUGGUGCUAAUGGACACGGAUAUGAAGAUGGACCGAGAAGCCCUGAUAUCAACAUGAACGGUGGACACAGCUGGCAAGAUCCUGGCUAUGCUACGCCUUACGGAAACGGAGCUGCUACCCCUUACGGAGCGACUCCUUACGGCCAGAAUGGGGGACAUGGAUGGAACUAA